CAUUGAUAGGUGGCAGUGACAGGCACUGAUGGGUGACACUGAAAGGCAGCUCAGAUGGGCACUGAUAUAUGGCAUUGAUGUGCACUGGUAGGCACUGAUAUGUGGCAUUGAUGUGGAACUGAUGGGCACUGGCAGGUGGCACUGAUGAGCACUGACAGCUGGCACUGAUGGACACUGACAGGUGGCACUGCUGGGGCUACGCAAAUCAUCAGUGCACACUGAUCAUCAGUGCCCUGAUGAUCACUGUCAGCGUGACAGCUCGUGAGGAGAGAAAUGCAGAUAACCAGUAUUUCCCUAUUUACAUGUGAUCAGCUGUGAUUGGACCAAGG